AUGUUUAGUCAAGGGAAGCGCCAGUUGUGGAAACGCACUCUUUCACUUGCGAGGGUGAAGCUGCUGUAUACGAGGAUCACGUUGACUCGGUUCACCACUCUCUACUUCUUUUUCGCCCUCGCCUCCUGUGCCGUCCUCAGCGCGCUCCAAGCCGUCACAUUCGUGGACAACUCCAAUGCAGUCGCCGUUCUCAAAACCAAACUUGAAGGGGUAGCCACAGAAGGACUCGCCAUUGUUGACAACGACGAAUUGCUCGUUUGCACAAGCAUUCCGAAUCAGGCCGGGACGAACUGCACGCUGUUGUUAACGUUUGGCGAGGAUUUGGACAAGAGGGACGGGUUGCUUGCUGAUGACUUGGAGGAUAUUUUGGGCGCCCUCAACUCCGUUGACUUUGGUCAAGACUCUGCGGGUCUCAUGGGCAACCCCGUUAUCAACACAGUGCCCGACAACAUCUCUUUGAGCUUUGAGGACACUUGUUUACCUUCUUUGCAAUGGCUCGAUGAUGUGAUCCAUGACGCCCAGCGUGAAGACGUGGUCACAUUCCUGUUUCAAAUCUGGCUGUUCAUUCUCGCGUUGGUUACUAUUGUGAAUGAGUCUAUUCCACAUUUGAUGGCCGCUGUUGCGGGGCAUCUUCUAGGUGCUGGCUGGUCUGCGUAUCGAGUCGACUCCACCAGACGGCUCAUGAAUUUGUACCGAACAAAAAUUGUUCCUGAGGCUUGCGGCGGCGAAGAUCUCCUGCAGAAUUGGUGGGAAAUUAGGAUUCAGCACGCGAUCCCAAUCCUUGCGGUAAACUGCCUCACGCUUCUGGCUUUCGGAUACCUGUCCUUCCAGCUUUUCAAGGUUUAUGCUACCCAGUCCUUCAGCCGAGUGGGCGCUUCGCCCAAGAUACAUAGGAUGUACAAGUUUGUGUUGCUAUUCUCCGUAUGCCUGCAGCUUUCCGGCUUCUUUUCCCUUGCAUCAACGGCGAUGUGGAUCGACAAAGUAUGCCAUGGAAUGAUCAUGGCGCUCGCAAAACACGCCAAGCUGUAUUUGGCCGCAUUCAGUGUAAUUUUAGUGCUUCAACUGCCUUGGUUCAUCUUCGGCUGGGUCUGCGUCCGGAAAGAGUGCAAGAUUCGAUUCGCGAUAUUCUGUGGCAUCGCGGUGCUCCUGCUUACUCUCCAGACUAUGAUGUUCUUCAGUCCCUUGUACCGAUACAUCUUCCUCACUUGGCCAUUCUUUGCCACUAUCACUGUGACAGCUUAUCUUUUAAUCAUCGCUACAACUGCCAUGGGCAUAUUAUGCCGUCUCAACUUCGACAAGGGGCUCGCGCACUAUCUCCAGGUGACUGAAGCGCUAGAUGGUGUCGAUUUUACGCCUGUGUACUUCCCCAAAGGUCGAGAGGUGGACCCCGAGAAGGCGACUGCUCUGGAAGCCAAACUAUCCGAGAAAUCGGAUGAUGCGCAUUUGACGACCAUCAUCGCCCUGCCGCUAGCAGCUCAGCAAAGCCCCACGGAGAGAAAACAAAGAGGAGAAUCCAUCUACUCAGAACAGGACGGCACCCCCAUAUUCCUCUCGUCAUCUCCGCCUCUCGUUUCCGACUUAGCCCCAGCACCCAGCUUGCGCUCGUCGCGCUCCUUGCGUUCGACACGUUCUCGCCUGUCGAAGCCGCCCCCGCAGCGGUCGACGUCGUUGAGAAGCGUGAGGAUCGAGGAGAAGAAACAGCAGGGCAAGUCGGACUCCGGAGUUCCUGUGGUACCUCCAUCGGUCAGGCCAGCUCCGCGUGUCCUGAUUGCGCCAGGACGCCGAUACCGUGACUCCAAAUCGCCGAUCAGGCUUUCGCCUGCGUCGCCAUCCCCUACGGUCCCUCUUCCUCCUGCGCCAUCCCCUCCACCGGGCUACGACGAGACAAGCCCGCAGAGGACUGCCAGAUCGACCUCGCCAACGAAACAAGGCCUCCCGACAAAUCCUCGGCCUGGAAAGUUUUAG